UUCAUAAUGUAUUAUCAUAUUGUAUAUCCAUGGUAACCAGCAUGUGAUUGAUCAAACGAUUUUCCAAGUAUCAUUCAUUAAGGUAGACUUGUUAAAGUCGUAGAAAUAGAUUUUCGAAAUGCCAGCUAAGAAGAAAAAAGGAAAAGCUUCAAAAUUGGCUCGUAUGAGCGACGAGGAGCGUACACGUUAUUUGCAACAUAGAGCAGAAUUAGAAUUGGAAGCGAAGAGGCGUAAGCAACAAUUAAUAGCUGUUUUUACAAAGAAUAAACUAAAACGCGAAGAGGCAUUUUCGCGACUCAACACUGCAAAGAUCAACGAGCAAUGGCGUUUCAUAUUACGGCAAAUCAAGUGCCGCGAAUUAUAUGUGCACGUCGAGUAUCUUUGGAAGAACUUUGACAGAACAUUAGAAACACGAGAUGCUGUGAUACAGAAAUUGUAUGAUGAAUUGGAAACGGCGGAUGCUGAUCACAGAAGGUCGCAAGAGGCGCACGUUACGAUGUUGGAUAGAUUAAUUGGCAUGCACAGGGACAGACUCGCGACUCUGCGGAUAAAUUAUCAACAGGCUUUGAAGAAAAUCGAAUGUGGCGAAGUAAAGGAAUUGCAAGAGCUCAAGAAAGAACUGAACGAGGACGCUAAACACUUGCAAACUAUAAUUUUUGCACAGAAAGAGUGUUUAGCAACGAAAUUAGCUCAAACCAGAACACGCAAUGCUGUGAAUACACAUAAUAUUGUGUAUUCGAAAGAAGAAACGUUAUCAGAGUUGAGUCGUGAUAUAGGCAGUAAAAUGGAAGAUAUGUGGGUUCAAUUGAAUUCAAUUAUUUCGGAGUACAUGUCGAACACGGAAAGUAAACGGAAACAGUAUGAAUAUUUAAAGGAACAGGAUGAUGCAGCAAGGAUGGAGGCUGCUCUGUUUCCUAAACAUCAGGCACAACUCCAGGAUACUAUAGAAAAGUUGAAAGAAGACUUGGAUGUACUUUCGCGUGACUGCGAAGAUACUACUACAGAAUUAAGGGACCAAGUUCAAGAGUUAAAUAAGCGUAUUUGGAAAUUAAGACAUGAUACAAAAUUAGCUGGCACUAUCGAUGCUAUACAACUGAAGAGGCUGAGUGUCAUUAGCGCGGGAGUAAUAAAAGAAUUGGAAAGCUGUAAGGACAAGGGUAUGACGUUAAAAUUAUUAUUGAAAAUCUGCUCGAAUCUAGAGUUGCCAUUACCUGCUAUUGAAAAAUAUGCAAUUUGCAAUGAGAAUACAGGAAAGGAAUCGUAUUCAAAAUAUAUCACUAAUCCUUAUAACAAAAUGGAAAAGUUUUGGGAAAAAUAUAAUCGUAUCAAAGCUGAGAAUAUAUUGAUGAGGAAAGAUCAUGAUCGUUUGUGCGCAGAAAAUAAACGGCUCAGGCACAAUUUGCGUACUUAUCUUAUAACAGUUGUUAGAUCGCCAGCUUCCAGGCCACAUACUGCGAUUUAGAAUAUUUAAUGUUUGUCACUUCUAUUUAUCAUAUUUCUUAAAAUACUAAUAAAAUAAAGAAUGAUAACUUGUA